UCGGAUCAGGUUUCACUAUAACAGAAGGACAUAAUCAGCGUGGUAAGUGUGCAGAACCUUACAGCCUGUCUUGGCCAGCUGGGAGCUCGCUUCAUUCAGCUUUUCUGAGGUUUCAAAGUCCACUGCCACCAUGUCUGACACAGAGGAAGUUGAGCAGGUCGAGGAAUUCGAUGCUGUAGAAGAGGAGGUAGUAGAGGAAGUAGAGGUGGCCCCUGAGGCGGCCCCUGAGCCAGAGCCUGAGCCAGAGCCUGAGCCAGAACCAGAACCAGAACCAGUGGUAGAGCCAGAGCCAGAGCCAGAACCAGAGCCUGAGCCUGAGCCUGAAGCGGCUGUUGAAGAGGAAGAGGAGAAGCCAAAGUUCAAGCCCAGUGCUCCAAAGAUCCCAGAUGGUGAGAAAGUGGACUUUGAUGACAUCCAGAAGAAACGUCAGAACAAGGAUCUGAUGGAGCUGCAGGCUCUGAUCGAUGCUCACUUUGAGUGCAGGAAGAAGGAGGAAGAGGAGCUGAUCGCACUCAAGGAUAGGAUUGAGAAGCGUCGUGCUGAGAGGGCUGAGCAGCAGAGGAUCCGUGCUGAGAAGGACAAGGAGCGGCAGGCCAGACGAGAGGAGGAGAGGAGGAUCAAGGAGGAGACUGACGCCAAGAAGAAGGCUGAUGAGGAUGCCAAGAAGAAGUCCGCUCUGUCCAGCAUGGGCUCCAGCUACAGCAGCCACCUGCAGAGGGCCGACCAGAAGAGAGGAGGAAAGAAGGAAACUGAGAGAGAGAAGAAGAAGAAGAUCUUGGCUGCCAGACGCAAGCAGCUCAACAUUGACCAUCUGAAUGAAGACAAGUUGAAGGAUAAGAUCAACGAGCUGCACGACUGGAUGCGCCAGCUGGAGUCUGAGAAGUUCGACCACAUGGAGAGACUGAAGAAGCAGAAGUAUGAGGUGCUCAUGUUCAGGAACCGAAUCGAUGUGCUACAGAAGCACAGCAAGAAGGGAGCCGCUGCCCGCCGCAGAAAGUAGGUCGGCCCAGCCUGAAACUGCUCCCGAAACUAACUGCGAACGUCACGGAAACACACCUGGUGAAGCAACACUCGCUGUGGCGAAGUUCGUAGCUUCGAAGAAACUAGUAAUGCUGAGGUUUACCCCGUGGUUACCCAACCACGUCCUGACCCGUCCAGCCAGGAGCCUUUAGCUGCUGCUGUUCAGUAGGAAUCAAAACAAUUAAACUUACUCGCCGUCACGCUUCCUCGCCCUCCACUGUUUGGUUCUCAGUAUUUUUGUAAAUAAAGUGUGACUCUUCAAGCCA